GAACAUUUUUUAUUUUUCAGAAAAGGCGACUUGUCACUGUCAAACUUUGUUUAUGUAAUUCAAAAAUAAAAAAAAUCAAAUUAACACGAUAAACUUCCCGUAAUUUAAAGCUUUCAUAUAAAUAAAAAGAAAGCCUUUAACAAAAUGGGCACCGUGCACGCUAAGGCUGGACAGGACAGUGACAAGGGCGCAGUAGGCAGCGGGCUAUUUGAGUUUGAAGAACCUGAAGCCUUUGAGGAACCCAUACCUAAACCUACUAUCAAACUUAAUGGUGUACGGGCCCGCGUAGAUCGCGUCCACGUAGAUGGGCUGAGCAGAACCAAGGAUGAUAUCAUUAAAAGCACUAUAGAUGAUUUGUUCCAUGCCACCGACUUUGAAGAUGUCAUUUUGCGUGCACAUAAGGUCCGCCGAGCUCUGGACUCGAUGGGAUGCUUUAAAGAUAUCGGUGUAUUUAUUGAUGUGUCGAGCGGGCCCGGAUCCACGCCUGAGGGGCUGGAGGUGACAUUUCAAGUGAAGGAGCUUUCUCGCAUCGUCGGUGGAAUCAAUACCACUGUCAGUGAAAAUGAAGGCAAUCUCGUAUUAGGGGUAAAGCUGCCUAACGUGCUGGGUCGCGGCGAGCGCGUGGCGGCCGAGUACAGCGUUGGGCAUCGCAGCUCGUCCAACUUCAACGUGUCCGCUACCAAGCCUUACCCUCACGGCGCCCUCACACCCGUGUUGACAGCGACGGUGUACCAGCAGAACCACGAGUACCCGUGGUCGGGAUACAAGCUGCUGGAUCGAGGGCUGCUCUUAGAUAUCGCCUUUAAGACUUCCUCAGUAACCAAACACAAUCUGCAAUGGGAAGGCAUAGUCCGCGACACGUCCGUCCUGAGCAAGACCACCAGCUUCAAAGUGCGGGAGAGCAGCGGUCCCCAGAUGAAAUCCGUGAUCCGUCACAUAGUGACAGUGGACCACAGGGACGAGCCCAUCUUCCCCACGCGUGGGACUUGGGUCCAGUUCUCGAGCGAGCUAGCGGGGCUUGGUGGUGGUGUGGCCAAUGUACGCACUGAACUGCAGGCGCAGGCUAACAAGGAAGUUUCGCCCGGGUUUGUAGUGCAAGCGUCCGGCGCGCUAGGUGUCCUGCACGACAUGUACGGCACGGACAUACCGGACCACUUCUACCUGGGAGGGCCGGCCACUCUGCGCGGCUUCCGGCAGCGAGGAGUGGGCCCUCAUGCCGACCAGCACGCUCUGGGAGGGACGGUGUACUGGGCAUCGGGGCUGCAUCUGUACACCCCCCUCCCCUUCCAGCCCGGCAAGGGGGGUCUGGGAGAGCUGUUCCGAUCACAUCUGUUCUUGAACGCAGGCUGCUUAGCGCAUCCUGAGGAGACGGGUCUGGCGAUGGUGGAGUCCCUAUCGGAAGUCCGCGUGGCGUGCGGCGCGGGCGUGGCGCUGCGGCUGGGGCGCGCGGCGCGGGUCGAGCUGAACUACUGCGUCCCGCUGCGCGCGCGGCCCAACGACGUGCCCGCGCCGGGCCUGCAGUUCGGCGUUGCGGCGCAUUUACUGUAGUGCGGCGAGGUACUCCCAGAUGUAGAUGUAUAAAUAAACGACAUACGAAUUAAUGUAAAUUAUUAUGAAAAUGUAAUUUAUAAUUUAUUGAAAUUAUAGUUAGGUAACCAGCAUUUAAUUCGGACAAAUCGACAUAGCUAAAAUGGGUGUAAAAGUGAAAUAAAAUUGCUUGUGUAGUGAACUAUAAUUUAUUUGUACAGUUAAAUAUAAAGCAAAAAUAAAAGUUAUUUUGUUUUAGGAUACUGUCUUUCUAAUAAAUUAUUCUUUUUCAUUCUUGAAAUAUAAAUUACGUACCCUGCAAUUUGACUAAUGUUAAGCUCUUGUAAUAACCUAGAUUGGUUUAGUAUCUAGCCGCCAAGCAAGAACUAGUUAAAAUACGAAACCUAAUGAUUACAAAUAUUGCUCGGCAUAUACUUUGACAAUGUGUGUACUGUGUAGGCAUGUAUGUAAUAUAAAAAUUAUAGUUGUUGUUGUUGAAAUAAAUUGUUUUAGUUAAGAAA